AUGGCCGACAUCCCUCUGCAGGUCAUUUCCGACAACUCUGCGUCAGAGCGCCGCAUCACUCCAUCAUGGACCAUCAGCCAGCUGAGGACCAAGCUGGAGCCUAUCACUGGCAUCCCGCCCUCGUCCCAGAGAAUCAGCCUCAAGACGGCUUCGGGGAGUGUUCCGAUUGAAGCAUCCGACGAAGAUAACGCACGCUUGACAGCUUUUCCCUUGGCGCCCUACGCCGAGCUGCAUGUGGCCGACACUCGGCCAGCGGGCGCCCGCCCGAACUUCACGGAUACCUCGGGUGUCGAGAAGUAUGUCAUGCCGGAGGAAGAGUAUGCCAAAAAGAGCGACUCCGUCCUAGCUUGGAAGAAGGCUCAGAAACUCGGCCGCUUCGAUCCCGAGGCGCCAAGCCAUGAGCAGGCCAAGAUUGCUGCUCUCCAGCAGGAAAUCGAGCAAAAGGGCAUCCAGGUUGGCAAGCGAUGCCGUGUCGGUGGCGAGGAUUCGCGAAGAGGGACAGUCAAGUACGUUGGCGAUGUCAAGGAAAUCCCUGGCGGCCUGGGUCCUUGGGUCGGUGUCCACCUCGACGAGCCCGUUGGGAAGAACGACGGCAGCAUCGCCGGAACGCGGUACUGGGGUGAAGAGUCGGCGUUGAAGCAUGGAGUCUUUGUGAGGCCCGAGCGGGUUGAGGUUGGCGAUUGGCCGGUCCUGGACGACCUGGAAGACAUGGAAGAGAUCUAG